UCGAUCCAUUCAUAGUAUCAGCUCACUUCAUGUGUCACCUCAUCGUACGAUACUCGAGAUCUUAGGGCCGAAGAUCGAAAAGUCCGGUGCAUGUUCUUAAAAUUAUCAAAGCAACACUAUAACAGCCAUGAAGAACAAUCUAUUGUGUUUAAUUGUUCUGGUUUACUUAAAAAACACCUUUGCACAGAACACCGGAAAAUGUUCUAUGUACGGCGAAUGCAUGGAAGGAAUUACAGGAAAGUUGAAUUGUGAAUAUAAUGGACCACCGAAACCAAUGAACGAUACGGAGGGAUUGGAAAUUCUCCGGACAUAUUGUCCAAGUCUGAUCACAAGUAACCAGCCAUUGACUUGCUGUGAUCUGAAUCAGCUGAGAUCAUUCAAGAAAAAUAUGGGUGUUCCCCAACAACUCCUUCUUCGCUGCCCUUCUUGUUACUACAACUUCCUGUACCUAUUUUGUUAUUUUACCUGUGAUCCCUAUCAAGCAGAUUUCGUGAAAGUGUCGUUGAAAUCUCAAAUUUUUCCGGGUCCCCAAAUAAUUAUGGCCGUGGAUUAUCAUGUGAGUGAAGAAUAUGCAUACGGCAUGUAUAACUCUUGCAAAGACGUUCAAAUGCCAAGUACGAAUGCAAAAGCUUUGGAUAUUAUCUGUGGAAAGCCCGCAGCUGACUGUUCCGUGAAAGACUGGCUAAAUUUCAUGGGAUCUACUUCCAAUGGACAAACUCCAUUCACAAUUAAUUAUCAUAUAAACAAUGCAUCGACUGCAGCUAUUCGUCCAAUGAACUACAGCACCACCCCAUGCGACAAAAAAUAUGGCAAUAUGUCUGCCUGUAGUUGUCAGGAUUGUCAAACUACCUGUGCUCCGCUUCCACCCCCUCCGAUGCUCCCAAAGCCAUGCACCAUACAGGGAAUUGAUUGCUGGUACUUUGCCAUGUUGAUCAGCUUUACUGCAUUUUGUGUGCUUUUCCUCAUAUCGGUCAUAAUUUCUUUCUGGCGUAAUCGUGAUAAACCCACGUCUGCAGAUGUAAAGCAAAGCGGCGAAAAUUAUGAUGUGUGCAUCAUGGGUAAAGAAACAAAGGAAACUAACUACGUAACAUUCCAGGGGAAAACGGGAGGAAAAGGCUGUAAAAAGUUGGGGUUUUGGAUAGAAAAUACCUUGGAGAAGAAUUUUCAUCGUUGGGGGAAGUUUUGCGCGAACAACCCCGUGAAGAUAAUUUUUGCGGGUCUCGUAUUGGGUGCAAUCUUGUCAGUUGGAAUAUUGAGGUUCGAGGUGACUACAAGUCCAGUGAAACUUUGGUCUGCUGAGAAAAGCAGGGCCAGACAGGAAAAGAAUUACUUCGACUCACAUUUCGGUCCAUUCUAUCGAACUCAGCAAGUGAUCAUCACAAGGCCUGAAAAUACCACGGGAGUCAUACACGAACUUCCAGGAGCUACAGCAGGCCUCUACCAGAACUACACAUCGAUAUUUAACAAAACAUUUUUGCACAAGGUUCUCGAUCUCCAACUAAGUCUACAGAACAUACACGUGGAAUUCAAUGGCGACAACGUGACACUGCAGGACAUAUGUUUCCAGCCAUUGGCCCCUGACAAUACAGAAUGUACAAUACAAAGUGUAUUGGAAUAUUGGCAGAAUGACCCCGUAAAGUUAGAUAAAAUUAAAUAUGAUGACUUCACCGGAGCAUUUCUUGAAGGGGACUAUCUAGACCAUUUUUCUGAUUGCACAAGGGCCCCAGCUUCUGUAUCUGACCAGCACCACUUGGAUUUGUCUUGUCUGGGAGCCAGUGGUCAACCAAUAUUUCCAUGGAUAUCAUUGGGUGGAUUUACAGGAGUGAAUUAUAAUGAAUCCACAGCGCUUGUCAUCACGUUUGUUGUUAAUAACCACGUCGACGAAGCUCAGAACGAAAAAGCAAAAGCAUGGGAAAAAGAAUUUCUGAAUUUCAUGAAGAACUUCUCCGAUCCUGAUAUGAUCAUUGCAUAUUCUGCAGAGCGCUCCAUUGAAGAUGAGAUACAGCGAGAGAGCGCCUCGGACGUGUGGACCAUUUUGAUUAGCUAUAUAGUCAUGUUUGGUUACGUCAGCAUCACUCUGGGGCGGUACGGACAAUGUUCCCGAUGUUUGAUCUUCUCCAAAACGAGUCUAGGUCUCUGUGGGGUCUGUAUUGUGCUGCUCUCCGUCUCCUCGUCCUUGGGUCUGUUCAGCUACUUUGGGAUUGCGGCCACACUCAUCAUCAUCGAGGUGGUACCAUUCCUGGUUUUAGCUGUAGGGGUGGACAAUCUCUUCAUUCUUGUCCAAGCUUUCCAGAGAGAGGAAGGUUAUCCUGAUGAGAAGUUGGAGGACAGACUUGGAAGAGUCUUAGGAGAAGUAGGACCCAGCAUGCUCCUCUCGAGCUGCUCUGAAUCGCUGGCGUUCUUCCUGGGUGCUCUGACUGAUAUGCCUGCAGUACGAGUAUUCUCCCUUUAUUCUGCCAUGGCGGUGUUGUUAGACUUUCUCUUCCAAAUCACAAUUUUUGUGGCUCUUAUGACUCUAGAUGCCAAACGUGAAGAGAGCAACAGACUGGACAUUUGCUGUUGUGUGCAACUAGACAAAUCAAAGGAAAAUAGAAGCUCUGAGGGAAUUCUCUUCAAGAUUUUCAAAAACUUCUAUUCAGAGGCAUUAUUGUCAAGUAUUGUUCGACCUAUUGUGAUAAUACUUUUCAUUGGAAAUCUCUGCUUCAGUGCAGCUCUGAUUCAUAAAAUAGAGAUUGGUCUCGAUCAAAAGCUAUCCAUGCCUGAUGAUUCCUAUGUUCUGAACUACUUUGGUAACCUGAGUGAAUACUUACACGUGGGAGCCCCGGUGUACUUUGUUGUGGAGGAUGGUCUGGACUAUACAACCAGAGUAGGUCAAGACGUGGUCUGUGGAGGAACAGGGUGUCCGGAGGACUCUGUGGUGGGUCAAAUCAGCGUAGCUGCAAAACAAGCGCAGUAUACGUAUAUUGCCCACCCCACCUCCGCCUGGAUAGAUGACUAUUUUGAUUGGUUGAGACCUGGCGGGGAUCCACCAUGUUGUCGUGUCUACAAUGGGUCUGGGGAUUUCUGUGCAGCCACUGUGAACAAUGCAAGCUGUUUAACAUGUCCCGUUCACAGAACUAGUAAUGGACGACCUGUCUCACAAGACUUCAUGGAAUUCCUACCUUUAUUUUUAAAAGACAAUCCAGGAAUAAAAUGCGCAAAAGGAGGCCAUGCAGCGUAUGGCAGCGCCGUGAAUCUGAAGAACAACGAAAAGAGUGUUGGAGCAACUUAUUUUAUGACGUAUCACUCGAUUAUGAAGGAAAAUAAAGACUAUAUAAGUGGAUUAAAAGAAGCGAGAAAAAUAGCAGACAAUAUGACGACAAUGCUGAAAAUAAGGACAGGGGGAAACCAAAUUAAAGUAUUUCCAUACAGUGUGUUCUACGUAUUUUACGAACAAUAUCUUACCAUCGUACAAGACACAGUACAAAAUUUGUGCAUAUGCGUUGCCGCCAUUUUCGUGGUGACUUUUGUUUUGCUGGGAUUUGAUAUAAUUUCCGCUUUUAUGGUUGUGCUCACCAUAACUAUGAUAGUGAUUGACAUCUUAGGAUUCAUGUCCUUAUGGAACAUCUCCAUCAAUGCUGUUUCAUUGGUCAACCUUGUUAUGGCAGUUGGAAUAUCGGUAGAAUUCUGUGCACAUAUAACACGAGCAUUUGCUAUCAGCACUCACCCAGACAGAGUCGACAGAGCGAAACAUGCUGUGGCUUAUAUGGGUAGUUCCGUGUUGAGCGGUAUUACACUGACCAAAUUAGGCGGCAUUAUUGUCCUCGCCUUUGCAAAAUCUCAGCUCUUCCAGGUGUUCUAUUUUAGAAUGUACUUUGCUAUAGUUCUGUAUGGUGCUACUCACGGACUGAUAUUUUUACCUGUUCUGUUAAGUUAUAUUGGACCUCCUGUGAAUAAAGCGAAAUUGGGCAUUGCACAAUCCACAGAAAAUCUACAAACGAAUGGGAAAACGAAUCAUGCUUGUAGUGAUCUCCAUGUAAACAUUGAAUCCAAAGCUUUCAGAAAGCUUGAGAAUACACAUAUUUGAAGAUUCAGUAUGAUUCCGCGCCUGUGAUAGUAGUCUAGUCAUAUACACGUAUUUGCUAUGUUGAGAUAUAUCAUAAUGUGGUGUUAUAGUAUAUCUCAAUAUAGUAAAUAUAUGCGAUACGUUCUUGUUAAAGUACAACAAAAAAGUCAGAACUUGAACAAAUCGCCAAUAUCUAAAGCCCCUUUCACAUGUUUGCACACAGUUUGCUAGAAGAGUAUUUUAUCCAUGUGUUUACCCUGUGUAAAAUUUGCGUCCAAUCAGACAAGGUGCAAAUUAAUUUAUACAUAUGAAUAAGUUUACUCCUAGUGUUUUUCAGCUGAGUGAACGCACAGCAAACUUUACACACAUGAAGAAAUUCAUUUUUCUUAAAAUUUCAUCUUGUUCUAUAUCAGAAAGAACGGUGGCCUUCUGCUGUGUCAGUAUUUAAAUAGCAUUACAAGACAUGACAAAACCUAUUCUUUGUCUUCAAAAUACAUGUAUAUCCAUAUUGCUUCGAAAUAGCUCCCUUAAUACUGAUUUACAUACAGUUUGCUAAUGCAUGUGAACGCAUCACUAAAAUUACAUUUACACACUGUAGAAGUAAAAUUUACAUGUGUAAAGUUUACACCCAUGAGUAAAUAGGUGCAUGUGAACGGGGCUUAAGUGAUAUUACACCUGCAAUAGUAAGUCGUGCUAAUUAAAUGCAUGUAAAUUGUAUGUUGCUGUUUAAGUCAUUUGUGUUUGGCUGCCAUGUUCUGUAGAAUCAAAGCUACAUUUAUCAACUGUUUUCGAAUUGAAGGUUUUAUUAUGCUGGAAACUCAAACCCGUCCACAAUAAUCUUUGGCCUUCCAUAGUUACGGAUUAAAUUUUCAGGCAAGUGCCCAAAAAUUGAUACCAAUGAAAAUAUUCAAGAGGUAAAUGGUUUGAUGUGAAGAUAAAUUGUCAGGAAUGUCCCUAAGCACAUCACGUGCACCGACUGAUGCAUAAUAGAGAAUAUAUGUAACAAAUAAGUUGUCUUCUGAAUAUCAGAGUUAGUGGAGUUUAUAGAAUACAAACAUAUAUACAUUGUGUGAUUGGUGCUAGAGCUUUGUGUUGAACAAAUGAUGUUAAAUUUAUUAAUUUACUUGUAUUCAACAAAGUUCGAAAUGAUACAUUUUUUUCACAAUCUGUCAAAGUAAGUUAUUGGCAUAAAAAUCGUUUCAGUUGAUUUUUACGAUUUAUUGUUUCUGUUGACAUGUAAUUGUAUAAAGUAAGAUGUUGAUAAUAUUUCGUGUUAUAUACCACAAAGCAUUACUACAGAUUAAGAUAUAAGCAUUCUGUCUGAACGACAUAAGGAACACUGUAUCAUUGAACAUUCAACAUUCUGAAACAGUUAUAUCGUCGAUUGCCCUAUUUCGGUGACUGACCAGAAUCGGUGACCUUUUGUUAAUGUGUGCGCGUUGUCGUUUCCGGGUGUAGAUUGCGUCAUCAAUUUCGCCGUAGUGUUUGUAAACAUAUAGAGUACGUCUUCAAUUUUCCCCGAAAAGGAACUACUAGAAGGAGAGUAUGCAAAAAAUCAGCACGAGCACCCCAAAAUAAGCCCAUUUACUUAUUACGUUUUCAAGAAAACCUUCAAAUUAAUAUAAAGUAUACCAAAAGUCUAGAAUUCUACACUAUGUUAUUUUAUUCAUUGACGUUUAGUUGCACAUUCCUCCUGUAUAUACGUUUUAACAGUUACAAACUUUUGGCAAACCUAUAUUAACAAUGGUCACCGAAAUAGGUGACGUCACCGUUUUAGGACCACAAAGUGACAUGUUUUUUGUUACGAAAAUAUAUUGAAUUAACGUACCAAUGAAUUUGGAAUUUUUGGAUGAAAGUAAAGGAAUUUAAUUACUUUAAAGGUGGGUGUGUAAUUUAAUUACUUUUAAUCCAAGUGAUUAAUGAGAAAAUCGCGGUUUAUCACUAAGGUCACCGAAACUGGUCAGUCGACGAUAUAUUACUAUCACAAAAUGAUAUUACAAUAUAUGUACUGUUAUAUACAGGUAUCUAUCAUUGGUAGUUGAUAUGUGUAUGUGCUUUUAUAUUAACAAAUAUAUUUUUAUUCUUGCCUGAAAUGAUGUUGAGUUUGUUUAUAAAUUUUGUUGGUUUUUAAAAAAUUAAAUUUACGAUUUCAAA